AUGAGCUAAUUUGCCUAGUGUGGCUCAUAAGACGUGCAAUGUGUUUACACGUUUCUGUUUAGUUAAACGUUCGAAGAAGCUUAAAAUAGUUUUGCGUUCGUGUGUAACUGGCUGGUGUUUGUAUUCCCUGCCAGCAUGUCGUACGCCGGGGCGGUGUGGCUCGCUGUUCAGGAGGAUUUGUACAGAGGUGCUGCAGGUUGUGAAGCAACUCCGAAAAUCCCUCCCAGCGACAGCAGCACAGACCCCAGCAGCACACACCCAGUCAGUCGGCUGGACAUUUUCGAUGACUACUUUUUGUCCCAGUGUUUUCAUUUCACUCGCCAGUGUCUGACUUUUAUCGUGGACUGCAUUAAAGCGCGCAUGAAAAAGGACGUGUUCAGACCCAGGAGCGACGCCGCUUCGGUUGAAGCAAUGACACUUGCGGCGCUGUAUUUUUACGCACACGGUUUUCUCCCCAGGAAAAUCACAGACGCGUUGGGAUUAGAGCAUGCAACCGCCAGUGACGCUGUUAACGCCGUAUCCAAGGUCUUGGAGGACAUGCGUCCGGACUUCAUCACCUUCCCUGGCACUUAUGAUGACCGCAUGGGCGUCGCGCAGGGAUUUAAACAUAUAAGUGGCAUUCCAAACGUGGUGGGGGUGUUGGACUGGCUGCAUGUCCAUGUGAACCCUUCUCCAGCUGAACAGAGUCUUUUCCUUAACAGCAGGGGUUACCAUUCAGUAAUGGUGCAGGUUAUCAGUGAUGUGGAUGGAAAUCUGCUUGGUGUGGAGCAGUGCUGUCCUGGAGGGACUCGGGAACAGGCUGUUUGGGAAAGCUCAGCUAUUUAUCAAGAGUUUAACAGGCUUCAGCAUGGGCAGACCUGGGUCCUGGGUGGUACAGGUCUAUGUAAAGCUAAACAUGUGCUGAGCCCUGUGAAAAGCUCCCGUAUGAAGACCAAUGCAGCCAGACGUUUCAACACCGCUCAUUCUCAGGUUUGGAAAUCCACUCAGCACGUCUUAGGCUAUUUGAAAACCCGUUUCCGGUGCUUGCGGGGUCUUGGAGCUGUGCUGGCUGAUGAUCUCAAGCCCAUAGCUCGCAUCGUCACUGCUUGCUGUGUUCUCCACAACAUCUCUAAAAAGUUUUCAGUGCCAUUACCCAGCAAACUGGUUCUGGAGCAUUUACAGCCAGAUCCAGAGUUGAGGGAAGAGGAGGGCUUUGUUGACACAGAAGAGGCAAUAGAAGACAUGAUCGAGAUGUGUUUUGGGAAUUCUGGAGAUGAAGGCGAGCAAGAAGAAAUAAAAACCAGUGAGGACUGUUACAAGACAGACACACACAAUUGUGAUCGCAAAUGACACAAGAACUCUUCUGAAUGUUGAAAGACGUUGCACACGGGAACUGCAAUCUGAGUCCCACUGAACAACCCAAGGAAGAAUAAUCCUACCAAUAUAGUCCUUUCACGUAUCACUUGUCUAAAAAUAGAAAGUGUGCGCAUGUAUACACCGAGUGAUAGAGUAGCCUCCACUUUGUCUAUUUUAAUUAAGAUGUAAACACUAGAAAAGUUUACAAUAGAAAAGGUUAAUUUCUUCCUUAUCUAGGAAAAUGUGUUUAAAAAUGUGUUGCAUACAGCAAUUAAUAAAGUGUGCAUGUAAAGUUUUCCUGUGUAAACAUUUUAACUAAAACAGAUGAUUGUUAUACACACUCCAGAUUCCGCCUCGAUGGGAUUGUCUGGGCUGUUUGAAUGCUUUUGUGCUGACUCCUGCAGGAGAGCAAACAGUGGUUACAAUUUUAUUUUAUUUUUUUUUUUUGGUGACCAUUAAAAUUAUUUGUAAAGUCUUAGGUUUGAGGGGCGGCACGGUGGUGUAGUGGUUAGCGCUGUCGCCUCAUAGCAAGAAGGUCCGGGUUCGAGCCCCGUGGCCGGCGAGGGCCUUUCUGUGCGGAGUUUGCAUGUUCUCCCCGUGUCCGCAUGGGUUUCCUCCGGGUGCUCCGGUUUCCCCCACAGUCCAAAGACAUGCAGGUUAGGUUAACUGGUGACUCUAAAUUGACCGUAGGUGUGAAUGUGAGUGUGAAUGGUUAUCUGUGUCUAUGUGUCAGCCCUGUGAUGACCUGGUGACUUGUCCAGGGUGUACCCCGCCUUUCGCCCGUAGUCAGCUGGGAUAGGCUCCAGCUUGCCUGCGACCCUGUAGAACAGGAUAAAGCGGCUAGAGAUAAUGAGAUGAGAGUCUUAGGUUUGACACUACAUUAUGACCUUUCCUGUUUUUUAAUCUGUCGGCCAAAAAAAUGCAGUUUAAAAAAAAAAGUGCAGAUAAUUUACCCCCAAAAGUUUGACAGAAAAUGCUCUAUUAUUGUUAUUGGCUGAAAUAUUUCAGUAACAUCCCUAAUAAAUAUAGUUGACUGACAUUCACUAUUUACUACAGAUGUUCACUAUAGUCUAAUGCUAGCUGAGUCAAACAUAUUGGUAGAGUUUAUUUCACAUUAACGAACUCAAAACAUACUACUUUUUACCCUGACAGAAAAUGAAAGGGCCACAUAUUUCCAGUAGGAUGAUUGAGAAGAGAGGAGACAAAAUUCAUAUGUCUUCCAAAUUUGUCUAUUUUUUCAUCUGUUGUUGAUACUGGGGGGGAAAAGGAUGAUUUUUUUUUUUUUUUGCAUAUUUUUAGUGAUAACUCAUAGGAUUGUAUUCUGAUGUUAAAAUGUGAGAUUGGCAGGUCUGCAAGUACGUUGAAAUUGAUAUUAAAUUUUUUUUAUAUAUUUUUUUGGGGGGUGGGGGUGCACACAAUGUUUUCCUUCUAUCCAGAACAUCACAAGUCAUAAGUCUGAGUUACAAUGAACUGUAAUAAUUGUUGAGUAUAGAUAUUUACCUUGUCUCAUCUUGUCUGUGCUCGGCUGUGGCAGGACUCAAAAAAAGGCUGGUUUAUACAAUAACACUCGAGUUUAGACACACUUUCAAAUUCAGAGUUUUUAUUUUGAUUCAUUAAAAGACACUUCGUGUCUGAAAGUAAUGAUGGACUUUCAUUUCUCUUUACUUAGUUGGGUGGUUCUUAACAUAAUAUGGAUUACUACAGUUGUCAAAUAGGGCUAUUUACUGUUUUUAUUAUUUACUAUCGACCAUUUGAUGGUCUCAAACACAUUAAGAAGGCAAGAAAGUCUGCUAAUAAAUUUUUGACAAGGCAUACCUAUUAAUUGAACAGCAUUUGCAGGUGAGUGAACACUGACAUGAAGCUGGUUAAGAUAAUGCCAAUAGUGUGCAAAUCUGUCAUCAAGGUAAACUGUGACUACUUUGAAUUAUGUAAAAUAUGAAACAUUUUGGAUUUUUUUAAACACUUUUUGUUUACUACAUAAUUCCAUAUAUGUUCCAUAUGUUAUUUCAUAGUUUUGAUGUCUUCAGUAUUGUUCUAUAAUGUAAAAAUUGUCAAAAUAAAGAAAAAACUAUGAAUGAGUAGAUGUGUUCAAACUUUUAAUGAAUUUCCUGGUUACACAGUUUUACUUUGUGACUACUAGAAUUGUGCUAUCUGUUUUCAUCCAAAUGAGGAUGGGUUCCCUUUUGAGUCUGGUUUCUCCCAAGGUUUCUUCCUCAUGUCGUCUGAGGGAGUUUUUCCACCAUUGCUUUAGGCUUGCUCAUUAGGGAUAAAAUUAGCUCGUGUUUAAAGUCUUUAAUUUUCUGUAAAGCUGCUUUGUGACAAUGUCUGUUGUUAAAAGCGCUGUACAAAUAAACUUGGAGAAAAAAAAGUUGACUGAUAAUA